GCAAAUAAAAUCAUUGUUUUGUCGAAAGUGAAAUCGCUCGCGAUUCUUUAACGAUAAUUUUGAUUGCGUUCAAUCAAACUUUUUCAUUAUAAUUUCUAAUCAAUAUUAAUCCGUGAAGAAAUUUACAUAAAGUUACAACCAGGCGCUCUCAGUGUCAGUUCUUCGCAAUGUGGCGUAUGAUCAUCUUCAUUGCUGUGACAAUUACAAUUGCACCAACGACUGGUUGCAUCAGACGCCGAUCGCAAUUGAAUGGAGAUGAUGAUGGACAUUAUUGCGUCUGCAAUGCGGUGUAUUGCGAUAGAGCACCGAACGCAGUCAAGUCAAACAAUCCGGCCAAAUAUGUUUUAAUAACAUCGAGCAAAAGUGGCUUACGAUUCCGUAAAUUGAGCGGCGAAUAUAGCAAUACUAAAGAGACCGUAAAUGACCCUUUAUCGAGAAAGAUUAUUAUAAACCAAACGGAUGUAUACCAAGAAAUUUAUGGAUUUGGUGGGUCUGUGACCGAUGCAGCAGCCAUAAAUAUUCAAAAUCUUACGCAUGAAACGUCUGAAUAUUUAUUAAGAAGCUACUUUGGUCCGGAAAGUAUCGAUUACAGUUUUAUUAGAACGCCGAUGGGUGGCUCGGAUUUUUCAAUAAGACCUUACACCUACGCAGAUGCAGUAGCAAACGACACUUCACUUCAUUACUUUAACUUGCAAACGGAAGAUUAUCUUCACAAGAUACCGACAAUAAAACGAGCUAUGGAGUUGAGAAAGGAGAAAAUUAAAUUGUUAACUGCGCCAUGGUCGGCCCCUCUUUGGAUGAAAACUAAUCCCUCUUGGACGCAUAAUUCUAAAUUACGUCCGGAAUAUCGACAGCUGUGGGCAAAUUAUUUUGUGAAAUUCUUUGAAGCUUAUCGUCAGAACGGUUUAGAAUUUUGGGGUACAACGCUCCAGAAUGAACCAGAAAGUUAUAAAUAUAUUCCGUUAAGUAUUAAUCUCAACGCGAUGGCAUGGACAGCCGAGGAAGAGCGUGAUUGGGUUAUCAAGUAUUUAGCUCCAACUUUGGAAAAAAAUGGUUUCGAGCACAUCAAGAUAUUCUCAUUGGAUGAUAACAGAUUAUCGCUUCCGCAUUGGCCAAAAACAGUAUUCCAAGAUGAGAGAGCAAGAGAUAUUAUUUCUGGAGUUGCGAUACAUUAUUAUUAUGAUGAUACAAUCAACGCAAAUGUAUUGAACGAAGUGAAGCAACUUUUUCCAGAGAAAUCAUUAAUAUACACGGAAGCUUGCACUGGAGUGCAAGUUGAUGCGGACAAAAGAGUAAUUCUGGGCUCAUGGAAACGCGGUGAGGUGUACGCGUCGAAUAUUAUCGAGAAUUUGUCGCACUGGGUAUCCACUUGGAUAGAUUGGAAUAUAGCUUUAAACAUAACUGGUGGUCCUGCCUGGAUUGAUAAUCGUGUUGAUUCCCCGAUAAUAAUCAACCAUACUGCCAACGAAUUCUACAAGCAACCAAUGUUCUACGCUCUUGGACACUUUUCAAAGUACGUUCCACCUAAAAGCGUAAGGAUUGGUACAAUAUCGGAAAAUACCGAGGGAAUUCAAAAUAUUGCAUUUUCUACCCCUGAUGGUGCCACCGUGUUGGUGAUAUUAAAUUUGAAUGAAGAUGAAAAAGAAAUUUUGAUCGAUGACCCGAAGAAAGGAACAACAACGAUCAAUGUUCUCGGAAAGUCUAUAAACACUAUGAAAUAUUGGUAGAUAUGUAGUGGGAUUAUAAAUUAGCUAUAUAAGUUGAGAUAUAUAUCGAUACAUACACAGAAAAGAAGUUAGUUUUUAAGUCAAGACUAUAUAUUCUCUUACAUAAGCGAGCAAUUGUAAUCUUCUUAGAAAAAUUUUAUUCCCGAUUUCAUUCAAUUUACAUUAAUACAAGUAUAAAUGUAUACAAACAAAAAUAUUAUAAUUUUCAUAGAAGAUUUUUAGUCUUAAGUUGAGCAAAAGUAAAAAAUUUGCAUCAUAACGAAUUCAACUUACGACUACAAAUUUUAAAAAGAUUAUAAUAAUAUUCUUACUUAUAUUUAAUAUUCUUACUUAUGAGAAUAUUUGUCUUAAGACAAAUAUUUUUUACUUGAUCGAGACUAAUCUUCUUUUAUGUAUCGCGACACCGUAAAAUGCGAAUAUGUACUAUUUUAACUUAAAUUUUGGCAACGAUUAGAAUAUAUUUCAUUGAAGUAUGUAUACAAUUUUAUCUAAAUAUGUAUACAGUAUUAAGUAUGUAUACAAGUUUAUCUGCUUUAUCUUAAUCUGCUUCAAGUCGAGGAUACUAGGAAGAAUCAUUAAGUCAUAAAUUCUUGAACACUUUCUUGGCUUUCCUUGCGGUACAAUCCCGCUGAUAGUAUAAAUAUGUAAUGAUACAAAUUGUCCUCUCUUUAAGUAGGAUUUCUAUUUGAAUUGUAACUCCCUCGGCUGCGUCCUAUUUGCAUCCGGUUACGUUGUUAGUUCGUCGGUUCGCAAUUACUCUAAACUUCUAAACUUCCAUAACUCGGGUCACUCUCCAUUAAAACUCUUACUGAGAAUUCUUACCUUCCGGGCAAGAAUUCGUCGGAUUUGAUGAGCGCCGCAGAAACCGGCUUGCUCAAACGGCUUUCUCAAUCUUGCUGAAUGUUUAAAAUAUCUUUCCGUGUUUAAUCCGCUGACUACGAUUUUAAUAUAUAAUAAAGAACUGCUUUAAAUUUUAUGGUACUGGAUUCGUCGAAAAUCCUAAUUAUUAUCGUCAUUAUUCUCGUUAUCCUAAUUAUUAAAGUUAUUCAAAUUAUUCUUAAAUUUCUUAAUCAAUCAUUACAAUGUAAAUUAAACUUAUUAUAUCACUAUGUAUAUAAGUAUUAUAUUAUAAUUGUAAACAGCAAAAAUAAAAAAAAAAAACUAACGCAACGUAAAGAAUAAGCGAUCUUAAUAUACUUAAAUGAAACUUGAUAUUUGAUUGUAAUCAUAAGCAAUAAUGAAAGAGACACAAUUGGACGUAUAAUAAAUCUUUGAUACAUGUAAAAAUAA